GGAAGAAAGAGAAGACGAGCUCAAAUGAGGGGGAGCAGAAGCGUCGUAGUUUUGACAUGUUGCAAAGACAUUGGUCAGUGAUGUCCAGUGAGAUGAGCAAUCUGCCAAAAAAAGAUCCAAAAGACGAGACAAUGUGAACGAUCCAUUCGUCCUGUUGAGUCACGGAGAACAAAAUUGACAAGGAAACAGGUUUAAUGGAGUCUUAACUUUUCUAGCACUCUUUUAUAGAUGACUCAGUAGAUUUUUUGGCUUCAUUUCUACACUUCUGAAGGGUCUCAAGUGUCUUCAGAAGCUCCUCCCUGAAGAAAAAAAGGGGUGAAGACGCAGAGGAGGCGGGAGCGGACAGACUUGAAAACAAUCAGUUGCCGCUUCAGACGGAGAAGAACCAGUCGCUUCCCCUCCGAGGGCCUCGCUUACGUCACGCCGGUGUUCUCGGGGUUGACGGACACGCCGUCACGUCUCCUUUUUUUCUGUCUUUGUAGCCAUGAGGUGGUUUAUGUUGGCGGCCUGCUUGCUCUUGAUGCUGCUGGAGGCGGCGGACGGGGGAGGGGGCGCUCAGGCCGGGGGACUGGCAGAGAGGCGGGAAAGACGGGAGGUCGUGUCCGCGUCCGUGUCGGACCAGCCAGCGCCUGAGGUGGACAAAGACCAGCCCAAGGCCAAGAGGAAGAAAACGCCUCAGGAAGUGGAGGCAGCUAAAGCCAGGAAGGCGGCGGAGAAGGAAGCCAAGGCCAAGAAGCAGAAGGCGCCCAAGCCCACUAAGAAACCCAAAGCGCCGAAGAAGCCAAAAGCCACCAAGAAGCCCAAAGCCCCCAAAAAACCCAAAGCAACCACAACGACGGUAGCAACCACAACGACGGCAGCGACAACGAGCGCAAGUACCAAGGCGACGCCAGACACCAAACAGCUAUCUAAACCCAGCACGGUUCCAACUAGCAGAUAUGUGCCCCCUGUGCAACCCCAGUGGGUGGAGCCAGAAGAACCCGACCUGGUCAAGAGGAUCCCAGGCAGAGACAAAAAUCCGCUGACCACUCCGGAGGUGAUCAUGUACAUCCCAGAGGAGACCACCGACGUGCCCUUGGUAAUCCCCUGGUACGAGGACUACGACUACGACGACCUCGCCAAGAAGAAGCAAGAGCAAGAGGAGGAGCAAGCACGUCGGGAAAAGGCUGAAAAGGCGGAAAAAGCCGAGCGUCUGAGGAAGAAAUGGGAGGAGGAGGAAGAGGAGAGACUUAAAAACCUGGUAGAUCCUCCGGAACCCAAAAAAUGUCCUCCUCUGGGUUUGGAGUCUCACCGCGUGGAAGACGAUCAGCUACUGGCCUCCUCGCAGUCCACGCACGGAUUUGCCGCCCAGAGGGGAAGACUGAACAUGCAGGGCUCCACCAACAACCAAGAUCUUUUCGGAGGUGCGUGGUGCGCAGAGCCCGAGGAGACGAAUAGCUGGUUUGAGGUAGACGCUAGAAGGGAGGUGGAGUUUUCUGGGGUCAUCACGCAGGGAAGGAACUCUGAGCAGAUUGAGGACUUUGUGUCAUCCUAUUUCGUGGCCUUCAGCAACGACAGCCGCGAAUGGGAGAUUCUUCACGACGGCUACGCCGAAUGGUUGUUUUACGGCAACGCCGAUAGCGACACGCCGGUUCUCAACCAGUUUUCAUGGCCGGUGGUGGCGCGCUAUAUCCGGAUCAUGCCGCAGAGCUGGAACGGCAGCUUGUGUCUGCGGGCUGAGAUUCUGGCCUGUCAACUUCCAGGUAGCCACCACAGCGAGAAUGAAGUCAGGUCUUCUGAUGAGCUGGACUUCCGACAUCAUAACUACAAGGACAUGAGACAGAUGAUGAAGGUCAUAAACGAGGAAUGUCCCAACAUCACUAGAAUCUACAACAUCGGUAAGAGCUCUCAGGGCCUCAAAAUGUACGCCAUGGAGAUAUCAGACAACCCAGGGGAACACGAGCUGGGCGAACCAGAAUUCCGAUACACCGCAGGGCUCCAUGGUAAUGAGGUGCUGGGACGAGAACUUCUCCUCCUUCUGAUGCAAUUCCUAUGCAAGGAGUACAAGGACCAAAACCCUCGUGUGCGCCGCCUGGUGGACGGAGUGAGGAUUCACCUGGUGCCAUCCCUGAAUCCCGAUGCGUACGAGCUGGCCUUCGAGGCGGGAUCUGAGAUGGGCAACUGGGUACUGGGUCAUUGGACUCAGGAGGGUUACGACAUUUUUCAAAAUUUCCCGGAUCUUAACAGCAUUUUGUGGGGGGCGGAAGACCGCGGCUGGGUUCCUCGCUUCGUACCAAACCAUCACAUUGCCAUGCCAGAGAACUUCCUUAACGGAUCUAUGGCCGUCGAAACCAAAGCCGUCAUUUCUUGGAUGGAGCGCACUCCCUUCGUGCUGGGCGCCAACUUGCAAGGCGGCGAGAAACUGGUCACAUACCCUUUCGACAUGCAGCGGCCGCAAAUUUCACUGAUGGACGACCAACGCUGGAGGUCCAACGGUGACAUGAACGAGGACACGUGGGCUCGGAUUCAGCUUCAGAACCAGGGUGCCUCGCGGGAGACGCCCGACGAGGUCAUGUUCCGCUGGCUGGCCAUGUCGUAUGCCCACAGUCAUUUAUCCAUGACAGAGGUCCAGCGCGGAUCUUGCCAUGGUGACGAUGUCACCUUGGGCCAAGGCGUCACUAACCGUGCCGGCUGGAAGCCCGUAGUGGGCAGCAUGAACGACUUCAGCUACCUGCACACCAACUGCAUGGAGAUCUCAGUGUUCUUAGGCUGCGACAAAUUCCCGCACGAGAGCGAACUUCCUAUGGAGUGGGAGAACAACCGGGAGGCUCUGCUGUCCUUCAUCGAGCAGGUCCACCGUGGGAUAAAAGGUAUGGUCAAAGACACGGAGGGAAACGCACUGGCCAAUGCCACCAUAUCCGUGGAGGGGAUACGCCACGAUGUCAUCACCGCUUCGGGCGGAGACUACUGGCGCUUGCUGAAUCCCGGUGAGUACCGUGUGACUGCCAAGGCCGACGGUUACACGCCGCAGACACGCCUGUGCAUGGUGGGCUACGACUCGGGUGCCACGUCCUGCAGCUUCACCUUAGCGAAGUCCAACUGGGACCGCAUCAAGCAGAUCCUAGCGCUCAACGGCAACCGGCCCAUCCGAGUGGUGGCCAAGGCAGAGCGGGCCAAGCCCACGUCGGCCGGCGCUGUCACCGUCUCCCCGGAAGAGGAGCACGCUGCCGCCCAGCGGGCAGAGCGACUGCGCCGGCUGCGGAUCCUGCGACUUCGUCGGCUGCGGCUGCUGAAGCAACGUGCCGGACAAAGGACGACGCCCGUGACUGCCGCCCCCCCGACGACGACUGUCGCCACCACCACCACCACCACAAGGAAACCCACAACAACAACUUCCUGGUACGACUCCUGGUUCCCCGUGGACAACCUGUCCACAGAGAACCCCUUCGACAGCAUCAACUUUGACUCUGUGCCCACUGAGGACUAUCCCUUUCAAUUCACCAUCGACUGACCAUUUAGGACUCUGUAGCGCAAGCAGAAGGACUCACAAAACAUACGUUUUCCCAAUUUACCACUCAUUCUUUGCUUGAUCCAUUUCUUUCAUCUCGACGACAUACUCAUCAAUGGCACUGAAUGGGUCAAGGUGUUGUGAUGCCCUCGCAUGUGGGCAAGGAGAGCCGCAGUUGCCAAAUGCACCACCAACGUUACAAAAAUGGGAGACGACUAACAACUGACGUGCAGACACUCGCUCAGAUUAUGUGACUCCACCCUUUAAAGCAGUGGUCUCCAAACUAUUCCACAUAGGGCCGCAGUGGGUGCAGGAUUUCAUUCCAAUAAAACAAGACCACACCUUUUCACCAAUCAGGUGUUUUAUAUGUGUAAUCAGUUGCUUGCAGUCAGGUGCUGCUUGUUUUAGUAGAAACCACAUUGGUUAAAAGGUCUGUGCUUGAUCGGUAUGAACAAAAACCAGAACCCAUAGCGGUCCUCGAGGACCGGUUUGGAGACACCUGCUUUGAAGACACGCAUUCAAAAUGCAGAUGCACCAGUAGGUGGCGAUAACAUUCCUUACAUCCUCUUUUAUUAUGUUUUUAAUACACUGCUAUUUUUCUUUAAUAAAAACACCAAAGAAAACAUU